UUUGUUUACACUUUACGCUCAUCCAUAUUUGUAAAAAAGCUGUUUUUUUAGUGAUUUUAUGUGAAUUUUUACAAGAAAAAUGAGUCUCUGGGUUGAUAAACAUCGUCCAAAAGACCUAAUGAAGCUCGAUUAUCAUAAAGAACAGGCAGGACGCCUCAAAAGCCUUGUGCAACAGAGUGACUUCCCACAUCUUCUCGUUUAUGGUCCUUCGGGAGCUGGAAAGAAGACUCGUAUUAUGUGUUUACUUCGGGAACUAUACGGUUCUGGUGCAGAGAGGUUGCGACAAGAGACUAUGCAUUUCACAACGCCCUCGAAUAAGAAGAUUGAGAUCAUGACAGUGAGUAGCAACUAUCACAUAGAGGUUAACCCAACAGACGUCGGAAUACACGACAGAGUUGUUAUUAUGGAUUUAGUCAAGAAUGUAGCUCAAACACACCAAAUAGAUUCAUCUGGACAGCGUGAAUUUAAAGUAGUUAUUCUAAAUGAAGUUGACGACUUGACUAAGGAUGCUCAACAUGCGCUACGUCGCACGAUGGAGAAGUAUGUGAGUACUUGCCGCCUUAUAUUAAUAGCUAACUCAAUAUCAAGGGUCAUACCAGCUAUCAGGUCUCGUUGUUUGACUAUCAGAGUACCUGCGCCUACAGAAAAUGAAAUAGCUGCUGUACUCCACAAUGUGUGUAAGAAAGAAGGGCUGACAUUACCUUCGGAAUUAGCACUGCGUAUAGCUACAUGUUCAGACAGGAAUCUUCGCCGGGCAUUGUUGAUGUGUGAGGCAUGUAGAGUUCAAAAAUACCCCUUCACACCGGAUCAAAAAGUUACCGAACCAGAUUGGCAAGUAUUCAUAAGAGAAACGGCAUCAAUGAUUUUGUCAGAACAGAGUCCAAAGAAAUUAGGAGAAGUUAGACAAAAACUGUAUGAGCUUAUUAUUCAUGGAAUACCUCCCGAUAUGAUUUUUGCUGGCUUACUAAAAGAACUUGUCCGAAACUGCGAUAUGGCCAUGAAGUGUCAAGUCGCUAGCUAUGCAGCUGAAUAUGAACAUAGAAUGAGGCAAGGAAAUAAAGCAAUUUUCCAUUUAGAGGCCUUUGUUGCUAAGUUUAUGGCUAUUUAUAAGAAAUUCAUGGAGGAAUCAUUGGGAGAUGCAUUUUAGGUAUUAAUAAACAUUUUUUUCAUUAUUAUU